GUCGUUCGAUUUGUUCUGAGUACAGUUUGUCACGAACCGCUUAUGCCGAGAUUGCCAAAUUUGUGGGUCAAGUCCUGUCAAAAUAUGUGCACACAAAUGUUCGGUUUUUCAAUUUUCCCCAUCUAGAAUUUGAAAAAUUUCGGCAUGAUUCUGUAGGGUUUAUCCUACUGUUGGUGUAAAUACGUAACAUCGUCCUUUUUGCUUAUUUCAUAUUAACAUUCGACUCAUACAGGUAGUCCAAUGAUUAACUUCCUAGAUCCCAGGUUCUGCCCAAAGGUGAAUUCAACUGCUCUCGCAACAGAUCAUUAUGAAGUCCAGAAUCUUAUAAGUCUAGACCCUUCUGCGCGGUCUAGAGGUUUCCUGCCUUAUCCAAUUGUAAAACCACCUGUCGUAUUGGAUUUUGAGCUGAUUUGCCCUGUCAACAUCCAUUAUAUAUCGAUCAACGCAACUGUGGGAUCCCACAGAUCUAGUGGGAUAGAAAUUCUUGGUAAAUCUGGUAGCUCAGAGUAUGUAACGAUUUGCAGAGCAAUCUUUGAUGAACCAGGUGUUGUAUUUUGCAACAGCAGGAAAUAUUCUAUGUCCAAUCAACCACCAAAUGUGAACAAACGAUACCAUGUAGCUUUUUUCAAAUCUAAGUCGUUUAGGACUUUUUUAAAUGCAGAUGCGAUAAGGGUUUUGAUAUUUAGAACAAACACUAGGAAUACUCUUCCUUGUUUAAACACUGUGCAGAUUUGGGGACUCCCAGCUAGAGUUUGUUCUCUGAAAACUAGAGAAACUAUUAAAAAACUUUUUGAUAGAACUGCACCUUUUUAUCCAACUGACGAGGUACCCUAUUCUACAAAUUCCAGUGAUGAAGUUAUUAUACCUGAAGAUUUUAAAGACAAUCUAACGUACGAAAUGAUGACCAUUCCUAUGACACUGCCUAGCGGGAAGACUGUGGAUUUAACUACCUUAGAAAAGCAUACAGAAAGUGAGAUAUCAUUGGGAAGAAAACCAUGUGAUCCAUUUACAGGCUUAAAAUUUGAUAAAUAUAAAAAACCAGUAUUAAAUCCAGGCUUGAAAACUAGAAUAGAUAUGUUUUUAUUACAAAAUUCACAUAAGCGCGAAUUUUUUAAACUGUAUAGGACAGUUGGUGGCAACACUACUGUUUCAGACUCCAGUAAAAGGAAAUAUGAUGAAAUUAGUGGUGAUGAUGAUGAUAAAGCUAUUUCUAAGGCAAAACGUAGUUGCAAUUUUGUAUCUUUUCGUGAUGAAGUUACAGUUAAACUUUGUAUUAAUUGUAAACAUGAAAAUAAGUCAUUCUAUAAAUUACCCUGUAGGCAUUUAUAUUGUAGGCGUUGUAUUCUUGAAGCUUGUAGGAAUUUAAAAUGUGAGUGUGGAAAACGUUUUUCUACUAGUGACGUUAAAAAAUGUCAUUUUUGAUGAGUUUAAUAAACUUUUUGUCAUUUUGUA